GGGCCGGCAGGUGGGGCGUGCGGGGCCCCGCCCCUCCCGGGGCGGGGCCGAGCGGUGACAUUGGGGCACUCGGGCUCGGCCGCGGUGGCUGCGGGUGGUGGCGCCAUGUGGGGCUGCGCCGACCGGGCUGUUAAAGUUCUGGAAAGAAAUGUUCCCUCAAUUCUGCGGAUGGCUAGAGGAAUGGAUUUGAAGAUACAGAGAAGGCUUUGCAGCAAGCCCCAGGAAGAGAGUCAGCCUCAGCCACGAAGCCGAUCUACUUUAAGGGUACCUGGACACAAGCCUACAGACUGGGAGAAAAGGUUUUUGUUGUGGGCAGGCCAUUUCAAAAAAGCAGAGGAUAUACCAGAAACUGUCUCGAUUGAAACAAUCAGAGCAGCAAAGACUACACUGCGUGUGAAGUUCAGCUAUGUAAUGAUUGCCUUGACAAUACUGGGCUGCAUAAUCAUGGUGAUUAGAGGGAAGCAGGCUAUGAAAAGGCAUGAAUCUCUUAUAAGCAUAAACUUGGAGAAGAAAGCUCAAUGGAGAGAGGAAGCUGCUCAGAGUACAUCUGCUAAACCCUAGAGGAAAAGGAAAGAAAGACCAAGGAUUGGGGAAGAAACAACGUCCUUUUCAGCACCAUGAGGAGGAUAUAGUUGUAUUUUUCCUAUAUGUUAGUUAUGUACUUGUGUUCAAGAAAGAAUGAAUACAUGAUCUUGUAAUCAUUAAAAACAGAAACAUCUAUUUUC